CCAGAGACUGUUGCGCGAUUCUCGUCGGUUCUCAAUGGAAUUUACAUUAAUAGACUCCGUAAGAAAUAUUUAAGUUUAAUUCUACUUUCGAGAAAAAAAAAAAUAAAUGAAUAAAUAAAAAAUAAAAUUAUAAAAAACUGUGAAAAGCCUAAGGUGCUAUCGAGACGAGCAUAUAAACAAGUUUUUUGUUUCCUAAUUGCAUAAUUAUGGAUCUUUACGAUAUCACAGACGCCAGAAGGGCCACUUCUUUUUGAGACAGACAGUAGCAUUUUCGCAGUAACGUGGAGGGGACUUGGAACUUGAAUGAUUUAAAACUUCAUGGAUUUAUGUUGACGUGAAAGAGAUUGAUAAGUAACCUCAAGAUGCCGAAGUCACGUACAGUUUCACGAUCGCUCACAAGCAAUAGACCGCUUCAUAUGACUUUAAACUUGGAAUGUAUAGAAGAACCUUUAAGCGAAUCUCAAUUAAAACAAAAAGAAAAAUUACAAGAAGACUACAGUAAGGUCACAACUACGUUGGAACAAUUAGUUAUGGAUCAUGGUGGAAAAAUGGUAUGUCAGUCUGGAUCUGUUAAUGGAUAUCAAUAUACACUUCCUCCUAAUACGUCACAACCAAUUGUAAAGAAUACGCAACCUUUAUUAAAUGUUAAUCAGAAUAAAAGUCAACAAAUAAAACUUAAUAUGGUAAAUAACACGAACGGAACCCAAGGGAAUAUACAACUUGUCGUGGACCCACGAGUAGGAGUUAUUCUAGGAUCUGUUAGUCAACAACAAGGCAAUACGACAACAACAACAGCUUCGCCAACUUCUGUAUCAGCACAAUCUCAAUCAGAGAAUUAUAAAUAUACUAGAUCAGGACGUCGAACCAAAGUUCUACAAGUACAGCAACAACCCGAUAUUAUAGAAGAACCUACAGUUCCAGCACGUGGUCGACCAAAAUCUAACACUACUCAUGUCGUUACUUCAACUACUACUACUCCACAAGGUGUUACAAAUCUCAGAAUAAAAACCGUGAACAAAUCUCAAGGAAAUCAAACGACAUUAAGAGCUAAACCUACAGAACAGACUAGUAUAGGUGGUAUAUCAGUUGGAAUAAAAAAUACAGCUUGUGAACAAAUCGAUGAAUCAAAAAAGAAUCUUCCAGAUGGUAGAGAAAUUACGUUUAAUAAGAUGAACGGAGGUAGAACUUUUCCUUCGUUAGUGGUUGUAGCAAGACCUAAUCUUCGUACAAAAGAAAUUAUACCACAAGUCGCAUUAAAGGAAAGAUCAGAGCUAGAUAUCAAAGUAAAAGGUGUACUUAUGUAUUCUGCUACAAAGUUUGCUGAAUGGUUAAUUCAACAAGGUCUAGUUCGGUCGGAACAAUAUUGCAUACUACAUAGUACAAAUUAUCAAAAGGUAAAACUUAAAUUAGGAAUGUACAGCGAUCAAGGUACAUUCCCAUAUUCCGGAGGAUACGUGUGGAUUUCUAAUUGUUGUCCAGAUCGCUUUGUCUCUAUCUUUUCUGGUUCAAUUUUCCAAGGAGCACCAUACACUCCAACUGUCCUUUUAAAACUCAUCUAUCAUUGGGCAUGUCAAACCAAUGUACAAAAUGUAGUUUCUUGGGUUAAAGUUUCAAAUAUAUAUGUAAAAAAUUUUUAUACGAAUCUACGUAGCGUGUGUACAGCUGCUGUAUGGGAUAAAAGUCGAAUGAUGGGCGGAAAAAAUACUAUGAUACAAGUUGGUGUUAUUAGCUUAGGUACCACCUCGCAAGAUGGUAAUUUACGUCAGGUGAAAGUUGAAGUUCUUGGGGUUUUGGAUAUGGCAACGUUUGAUUUAAGAUUACGUGCUUGUGAUCCAGUACAAGAUGGAGAAAGAUCGUACAAACGAAGAUUUAAUAAUAUCCUUCAUCCAUUGAAAGACUGGGUUCAUAUGGAUUCUAAAAUUAUGACUGACUUUACGGUUGAUAAAAGCACUUUACAAGAGCUUGGUUUCGCCAAUGUAACGCAGGCGGCAUUUUCCGAUCAAAAUCCUAGAAAUUUCCUGAGCAAUUACCACGUAAUGGAAUACUUACGAAAAAUAGUUCCAAGAAUGUUUCAAAAUACAUUGAGUUUACUUAGCAGACAAAUGAUACAACAAUUUCUAGACGAACUUGUUUGGAGAGAAAUGUAUGGUGCUACUGCGGCACGUGCAUUUGACAAUAUUAUCCUUCAUAUAUCUGAACAAACCAAAAUAGACUCUACUAAUGAUUGCAUGCUAGAACGUCUUGCAAAAAUUGCGGCUAAUCCGUUUCAAGAUUGGUCUUAUACAAACACGACUCCUCCUCCUUUAACUCCAAUGAUAAUAUCUAAAGAUCAACCACAGACAAAUGCUGAAAUAAUAGUUCAAAAUAUCAAACAAACAGAAUCUGCUUUAAUAAAACCUGGUCCAAAAAGAGGAAGAAAAAGGAUUCUACCUGCACCACCUAGUCCAGAGCCAGAGGCAAAGAAAAAUACUUCCGAUGCAAAAAUUAUUAAGGAAAAAGAAAGAGAAAAUAAAACCGAACAAAUUCAACUUCAAAAAUGUUAUUACGCGACCAUGGAAGGUGAUCAAAAUUUAUUGUUAAAAGAGAAUAAAUCUUCGUUAUAUUUUAAGUGCUUCCUUUGUACCACUGUGAUGCGGUCUAAUACUGAAAUAAUGGAACAUAUGGUCAGUCAUGUGCCACCCCAAGUACCUGAUCAAACAGAAUUUCCUGUAUGCCGUUAUUGUUGUGCAGCUUUUUCUUCUCAACAUCAGAUAGUCACUCAUAUUUCAGAAACUCAUAGUACAUUUGGUAAUUCUGACGGUGACAUGGUUGUCUGUGCAAUAUGUGAACAAAAAUUUGGAAAUAGCAAUUUAUUGAUUAAUCAUUUGUCAACGACCCAUUGUCCUUCAGAAAUGCCUUAUCAAUGCGAUAGCUGUGGUUAUCGAACAUCUAGUCACAAAGAUAUCAUAGAUCAUUAUUAUCAAGUUCAUGAGAAGGGUGAAGGUUUACAAUGUCCUUACUGUCUAAAGAUUAUAGAAUUUAUUGUCGAGGGACAAACGAAUGCGUCUAGUAUACACUCGUUCUUCCUCCAUAUGCAAAGACACAUUGUGAGGAGAGAACAAGGACGUGGAAAUAAAUGUCCAAGGUGUUGUUUAUGGUUUAAUCAAAAAAGUUCAUUGAAAAUUCAUCAAAGAGAAUUACACGAUUCUGUCAUCAAUUCGAAAGUUGUACCAUAUUUUACAAACGAAAAUGAAAUAAUGAUACCGAAACAACGACCCCUGAUAAGACGAUUUGACGUAGAAAGUCCAGUCGCUGAAUUACCAAAAGAUGAAUGCGUUAAAAAGUGGAGUACAGGGCCAAUUUUAGUAAAUACUUCUACCAGUCACUUACCGUGUCAAGAAUGCGAAGAAGAUAUUGAUGAACAGGAUCAUUAUCCCGGAGAACAAAGGUGUCAACAGUGUCGUUACGUAACGUGUUGUUGGCGUGCAUUUAAAGAACAUUUGCAACAAAUUCAUAAUGAAAGGCCAAUGACCAGUUUAGUUGUUCCAUCUCCGCUUAUAAAUAUCCCAUUGGAAAAGAAAAUGCAAUGUCGAUGUGGUUAUACGACAAAUGAUGGCAAUCAAUUGGCUACACAUUUAAUUAAAUGUAAUAAAAUGACGGCUUACCCUAUUGAGGAAUCAACACCAUCUGGUGGUAUGUUGGAUAGUUUAGGUCUCGUACCAAAAAACUCAUCCGAUACUCCGAGUAUUAAAUAAAUUGAAACUAUUAUGGAAAAA